CACGAUUCAUGCUCAGAAAGUUCUGACUCUGAGCAAGAAAAUGAUGUAAAGAUAACUGUAAAUUUGCCUCCUUUUUGUUUCUUUGUAUUUUCAUUGCUAAUCAAUUUAGUAUCUUAAUUGUUUCUAAAUAAUUCUGAAUUUCAAUUAAGAAUUACCUGUUUAAAUCUCCUUUUCUCAUCUCAUGUUCAUCUACUGAUUCAAUUAGAUUUUUGGUCAGUUUGAUUUAAAUCAGUUUAAUUCGAUUCUGUCUGAAUAUUGGUGAUUAUCAAGAAUCGAAAGUCUAUUUCUUUCCGAUUCUUUUGUCUUUACCUCUCUAUCGAUGACUAUUCUGGAUUUACCUCCGAUUACAAGUGAACUUUAUCAUCGACGUGAGGAUGGACUGGCCUCACCAAUUUCUUCGCCUCUCGAUAGUGACCAAAGUUCGUCUGAUAGCAAUGAUUCUGAUGAACCUUUUUUGCUUAAGUAUCAUUUGUUCCGGACCCUCGAAUUGGCCUAGACCAAGAAUUAUCUCAGCCAGUCGUGUUCGAUCUACUGAGGAAACUCGACCAACUCCGACUUUGCAUCCAUAUGCUGAUGUGCCAAUAGCCGGAAGGUUGAACAUUGAUCUGGAUAGAACCUUUUCUCGGUCAACUUGCUUGAUGAAACCUAAAAGAAUUGGAUAUUUCUCUUUAAGAAUCGACAAGGAAUUGAACAAGGAGAUUUACUUACCCGAUAAAUCUCAAUUACGAUACUUGAGCCUUUUAAAAAGAGGCUCAAAUCGUUUGAACUUGUUGAAGUAUUUCGACCCUAAAACCGUUUGGUCUCGAUGUCCAAGUGACCUUCAUAUUCUUCGUUGGUAUAUGGACAAUAAAAUCGAUUUUAUUUUGGACGAAACUCUUUCUAAUUUGGAGCCAAAUUUCAUCACCGAUAUCCGUUCUUUAACAACGAUUAUGAGUUCACCUUAUGAUAAGUGGAACGAUUGGGACAUUAUUGGUGUCAAGAUCGGUGACAAAAUUAUUCUUCAUGAAGUGGACACGACGAUGAGAAAAAAUUACAUUGCUCGUCAAACGGACACUCAAAAUGCUUCUUCUUAUGCAGGAUAUAAAUUUGAAUCAUUGGUCACUCGACGUUUCGAUGGAAAGAAAUGUUCAACCUACUACGGUGGACUUCGUGACUCUUUUCAUGGCGUUUUAGUGACCAAGGUAGGUCAACAUAAUAUUUUAUACAACUCGCGCUAUUGUUGCGCUAAAAACAAAAGUCAAUUAGAUGCCGCCUUAAAUGACAUGGAAUUUGUUGAGAUAAAAACUCAAUAUGGUUCUAGGGCCUGGCACUCGAGGCUUGUUGGACUUUGGGCUCGAUCCAUUCUCGCCAAUACUGACUUUACUAUUGUUGGUCAACGAGAUGAGGAUUUCAAGGUUGACCUUGCGAAAGUGAAAUGGUAUUACACAGAUAAAAUGCCUUCAGCUCGCAAUCACUGGAGCCCAAAGACAAUGGUUGAAUGUCUUUUAUCAACGAUGGAUUUUAUCAAGUCUCAGAUAAUCGAGUCUAAUAUUGUUUAUCGUUUCAACCAUUCUCAUGGAAAUCCAAUUGUUUGUCAACAAUUAGAUGAGCCAUUUACUAAAUUCAUACCUGAUUGGUACGUUGAUUGUUAGUACCGAAGGUAUCAGCAGAGUCGCAGACAAGUUCAAAUUGAUCAGCUGAUGGAAGGAGAUCUUAAGGCUUGAAGAUGAUCAUCAGAUUUUACCAUUAGUAUUUACAACACUCUGAUCGACCCUUGUUUGAUAUCUGCUAUUCAGAUCAUAUUAUUAUUUUGUAACAGAUGCAAUUUAAUUGCUCUGUCCAGUUAUCAACCAAUACCCAAUUUGAGGUCAAUAAAUUAAUACAAAUUUCAAUAUGAAACCAUCGAUA